AUGGUCGGCACGGUCCAAGUCACCAGGCUGCCGCCUCCUAGCGGCACCCACACGCACACCGUCGUCUUUCUCCACGGCCGCGGCGACAACACCACCAGCUUCAUCGCGUCCUUUGCCCACUUCCGCUCCUCGCACGGCCAGACGCUCCUGGGCGCGUUUCCCAACUUUCGCUGGGUCUUUCCGCAGGCGCCUCUGAGCCGCUGCGCGCGCGCGGGGGGCGAGACCUGGCCGCAGUGGUUCGACGUCUGGGACCCGAGCGACUUUGCCGCCCGCGAGGAGCUGCAGCUCGAUGGGCUCCGGGCAGUGGUUCCCGAGAUUGCGCGGAUCCUCGCAGAGGAGGCGGCCGCGCUGGGCGGGCGCUGGGACCGCGUCAUCCUCGCCGGCAUCAGCAUGGGCGCUGCCACGAGCGUGCACACCCUUUUCAACCUCGACGUCCUCGUGCCCGAGGCGACGGCGCUGGGUGCGUUUAUGGGAUUCUCGGCCCGCUGUCCCUUUUCCGGGAGGUCGCUCGCGGGCAUGCGUGAGGUGCUGGGGCUGCAGCAGCCAGGCGUGCCGGAGCACAGCGGCGACGACGGCGGCGGUGUCCUGGCCAACACGCCGAUGCUGCUCGAGCACUGCGUCGAUGAUCCGCUGGUGCUGGUGCAGAAUGGUCGUGGUCUGCGUGAUACUUUGACUGGGUUCGGGGCAAAGGUGGCCUGGAGAGAGUAUCCGAGUGGAGGGCACUGGUUCAAUGCGCCUGCGGGCAUGGAUGAUGCGAUUGCGUUUUUGAACGCGGUGCUGCAGCAAACCAAGUAA